UGCAGUUAUUUCUUGGUUUCUGAUGUAUGGUUUCUUUGGUUAAGUGAUGUUUUAUUAGGGUUCUGAUAGUCUAAAUAGUUGAAUUUCUGAACUUUGUUUACAAUAAAAGUCAUGUAAUUCAAUUGUUAAGUGUUAAUAUAUCCUGGUUCUGAGGUGAUAGAAAUAAUUUGGGGGUAAUGUAGAAGGUUUGAUUUUGAUUAUUGGUGUCAAAUUUUUUUCAAAAAUAAAAAUAAAAAUAAAAAAGGAAAAGAUAUUAUUAUAAAAUGAAUAAAUAGAUUAUAAGUGACAUGCUUGGGAAUUGGGGUUUUCUAUGCAAACCUCUUGUAUAUGCAAGAAAUUGUGGUGAUCAUGUAACUUGAAUGAUAUGGCUAAUAAAAAUGAAACCUGAAUUGGUCACACGUGCUUCAAAGACUCAAAGGUUGAUAAAAUCUGCACAGAAAUGGGAAAGAAAGAAAAAGCAAAGGAGAGAAGAGAAAAGAGGCUACAAGAGAUACAACAUCUGAUGACUGUUCCCUACUCCGAUGACCAGAGGUGGUGGUCCAAGGAAACUGUGGCAGUGGUUACUGGUGGAAACAGAGGGAUCGGGUUAGAGAUUUGCAGGCAACUUGCCGCUCAUGGAGUGACUGUUAUACUGACUUCUAGAGAUCCCGGUGCUGGGCUUGAGUCAAUAAAAUUUUUGAGUGAAGUUGGCCUUAGCCUGAUUUAUCAUCAACUUGACAUUCUAGAUUUGUCAUCAAUCAACCGGUUUAUUGAGUGGUUGAAGGAAAAUUAUGGUGGUUUGGAUAUUCUGGUGAACAAUGCUGGCAUUAAUUUCAAUCUUGGGUCUGAUAACUCAGUUGAAAAUGCCCGUAAGGUUGUUGAAACAAAUUAUUAUGGCACCAAGAGUAUGAUUGAAGCCAUGAUUCCACUGAUGAAACCUUCUGUCGUCGGUGCUCGUAUCGUAAAUGUUAGCUCUCGUCUAGGGCGCCUAAAUGGAAGACGCAAUAGGAUCAGCAACGCAGCUUUGAGGGAACAACUGAGUGAUGUGGAGUCUCUUUCGGAGGAACUAAUCAACACGGCUCUAUCCACAUUUCUCCGACAAGUCGAUGAUGGAACUUGGGCAUCUGGUGGGUGGCCUCAAGUGUAUACUGACUACUCUCUGUCAAAACUCGCAGUCAAUGCAUAUACAAGGCUUAUGGCGAGGAAACUUUCUGAUCGCCAGGAACAUGAAAAGAUUUUUGUUAACUGCUAUUGCCCAGGUUGGGUGAAGACUGCUCUUACUGGCUAUGCCGGCAAUAAUACCGUCGAGGAAGGAGCUGAUACUGGUGUGUGGCUAGCCCUUCUUUCCCACCAACCAAUUACUGGGAAAUUUUUCGCUGAGAGACGAGAAAUCAACUUUUAAGGAAUCAGAUAAGUAAAAUUUCUGGCAAGCACCUUUCCUAGACCAUUUGGCCAUAGCUUCUGGCAUUGGAUCCAAAACUCUAAUUGUCAAUCCUUUCUCCUUGUAAUUCUCCUUUUUUCUUCUUCCAUGUCAUUCUCCGGCGGCGCUCCAACUCCACGCACCUGAUACGUGGAUAUGUACUCAGUUAGCGAAGAAUAACUUGACGGUGCAUUUGUUGGAGGUCGUCGUCAUCGAAUGUACGGUCAAGUUACUCUUCGUCACCUUCGACGGAAAUCCCCCCAGAGUACAUAUCCACCAUGACGUGUAUCUGGUGCAUCUGCAUGGUGGAGUUGGAGCGCCGCCGGAGAAUGACAUGUGAGAAUAGGAGAAUUACAAAGAGAAAGGAUUGGCGAUUCAAGUUUUGGAUCUAGUGCCAGAGGUUGUGGUCGAAUGGUCCAGGAAAGGUGCUUGCUGAAAUUGCUCUGGUGCUGAACAGACGAGCCUGUAAAGGGGGGAAGGUAUGUUCUAUUUGGUGGAGGGAUAUUGAGGCUGCAUUUUUAACACUUCUCCCAUGGAGAGGAGAGCUGUGAAUGGGAUGAGAGGAUAUGAUAGAUGAUGUUGAUGAUGGAGGUAGGUGGCUUGAUGGAGGUAGUGGCUUGAUGGAGAUGUGUAUAAUUGGGGUGAUCUGAUGGAGAAGGUGUACCGGGAGAAAUUUUUAUAUAAUUUUAUGUUUUUUAGGGGUAAUUUAGUCAAGAAAAUAAGAUUAGGGUAGGAAAGGACCGUUUUAAAAUAAUUUCAACAAUAAGAACAAUUUUGAAUAAAAAGACGAUAAAGACGAUUUCGAUUUUCACAUAUAA